AUGUCCCAAUCUUCGGUUCUCGCCACUAGCAUGGAUCAGGGAGGUUCCUUCCCCAAGGAUGAGUUGGACCCGGUCUUCAUUUCACCUGAAAUGCUGGUCACUCAUCUCCAGGAUACCAGAUGCUGUUCAGGGAGCUAUGAUGAUCUUUACGUGGGCAUCGGUUCACCGAUGCCCAAGGCCCGAAUCAAUCCCAUGAGUCUUGAUGCUAUGCUUGACAUCGAUCCUGAGCCGGUCAACUCAAUUCUCGAACUGACUGAGCCGCUCGAGCAAGUCAAAAACGGGCUGCGCGAGUUUGCAAUCCUCAUUGGUAUGAAGCUUCCACCCAUUGCCAUCCGAGACAUCACAUGGAAGACGGUCCAUGUUGCUCAAAACAUUACCGUUGGCUGCGAACCCGAGGAGGUUGAGGCCUAUGGGAUUGACUACGAUGUCAACGAUAACGACGACGACGACGACGACGACAACCAUACAAUCUUGUCGUCUGAUGUGGGCUCCAGCAACUCCUGCUCUCACUCGGACGGCUCAGGUGCAGCUUUCCUCAUCGGAUUACUCGGCAGUAUUGACAACCCUGUCUUCCUCGAAGCCGCUGACUUGCCCCUCUUGACCACCUUCGAGGGGUCAGAUGGCACCACGGAGCGGUCGGUCAUCUUCGCCAACGAGUUCUUCGAGAUCCGUCGAUCCCCCACAGCUGGAUGGGGUGCCUUUGCCGUCAAGACGCUCAGCAGAGGUGACCAGAUCCUCGUCGAGAAGGCUCUUUACCACGCCACCCAUGAAAACGUCACCUCCUCGGUCCAAGACCUUCCGGAGAAAGAGCGCGCGAUUGCGAACGACAUGUUCGCCUAUUACAGCCGCGAUGGCGAGACGCUCCAAGAAGCCAUCUGGAGCACCAACUCGUUUGUCUCUCGCCUCCCGACGAAGUCGAGCGCAGGCGCCGUCAACGGCAUUCGCCCGGGCUCCCAGGACGUAGCCGGCCUCUUCCCGGUUGCGGGCCGCUUUAACCACUCCUGCUUCCCCAAGGUCAGCUUUCGUUUCCGACCCGAGCACGACGCGCUGGUCUUCACCGUGCGCGACUGGAUCAUCGAGGCGGGCGACGAGCUGACCAUCUCGUACGGCAAAGACCCCUCCGUCCUGUACUACAAGUACGGUUUCGGCUGCGAGUGCGGCUAUUGCAGAGGUUUCGACCCGGCGACAUCUGAGUGGUACUGA